CGGGAAUAAACCGCAUCAAGACCUCGAACUUUUCCUUUUGAGUAGACCGAAAUAUCACUAACAUCUACUCGAUUACAUGCAAUAUUGUUGUCCAUGAGAUACGCACGAUCGCGCCAUAGCGUGAUCCCCAGCCGAUGGUGCGGGAGUCUACCCCAGAUGCGGAGCUUAGAGUUCGGGAAAGUCGUAUUCAGAUCCAAUCGCGUCGCGACCUCCAUAGGAGACGCUCCAGUGACGUAUCAUGGCUGACGAGCCGAACGGCACGGAGAGAGUGACCUUUGAGCUUUUAAAUCCGGCUACCAGCAGCUCGCAACGCUGGUUCUGCAUGUUACACUAUUACGCUAGAAUCAUUGAUCCCACAGGUGCUACUGACAUCAGGACUGCUGCUUUGUCUGACAACCGAGUUUGAGCCAGUGAGAAGGCAUCAUGGCGACUACAACCUCAGGACCCAUGGCUCCGGGGCCCUCACUCUCCCACGACUGGGCUGACGACAAGCGAAAUGGCCACGUCGAUUACAGUGACUACCGAUCCAACACACGUGGUGCAGCAUUGACCCAGGCACCGACAGAGCACUCUGCGCAUUCUAGCGACACCUUAGCAAACAGAACCUCUUCGAGUGCACAAGGAACACGGUCACUCUUGGGCUUACACCCUCAAGCACCCAUCGAUGAAGAGCAUGACUACGGGCCAAGCUCGGAAUUACUGUGGUCACGAAUAAGGAUUGUUCUGAGAGAACCUUUUGCCGAGUUCUGGGGAGUCGCAGUCAUGGUCAUGUUUGGUGACGGGUCGGUGGCGCAGGUUUUGCUUUCGACUGGACAGACAACGGCUCCUGGCGGUAUGGGAUUCGGCGCAUACCAGUCGAUAAAUUGGGGUUGGGGCUUAGGCGUCAUGCUGGGCUUGUAUGUUGCCGGUGACUCUGGGGCAUACCUCAAUCCUGCUGUCACCCUGUGCAACUGCAUCUUCCGUAAACUGCCAUGGAGAAGAUUUCCGGUCUAUUUUCUCGCGCAGAUGCUGGGUGGAUUUGUCGGUUCAGGCAUCGUGUACGCGAACUACAUCAGUGCGAUCGAUUGGUUUGAGGGGGGCCAUGGGAUCAGAACGGUCCCACCCGCAACAAAAGCUACCGCAGGCAUCUUCUGCACGUAUCCGCAGUUAUUCGUGACCAAAUCGAGCCAGUUCUUUUCGGAGUUUAUCGCGAGCGCAUUGCUCAUGUUUGUCAUCUUCGCGUUGAAGGAUCCGAGUAACAACGGUGUUCCCAAGAGCGACAAGUGGUUUCCUCUAUGUUUAUUUUUCCUCAUUUUCGGGCUUGGAUCGUGCUUCGGCUGGCAGACGGGGUACGCAAUAAAUAUCGCGCGUGAUCUUGGUCCAAGACUCAUGUCGUACGCCGUUGGGUAUGGCGGUGAAGUGUGGUCUGCUGGAGGAUGCUACUUCUGGAUACCAAUGGUUGCUCCAUUCUUAGGCUGCAUCUUUGGAGGCAUGCUGUACGACAUCUUCAUAUACACGGGACCAAGUCCAAUCAAUACGCCUUGGCUAGGCUUCAAGCUUCUCUUGCCCAAGCACGCGAUGAGAGCGAGACGGGAGCGUACAAGAAGAGAGAAAGAAGAAGGCAUUGUGUAAGUACCGUAUGAUCUACAAUUCUGACAUGUUUUUGUCUUUAGCUGUGCAUCAAAUAGUAUCAGU